UUAAGGAGGGAGAGCUGUACCCGAUUGCUUGAGAGCGAUGGCGCGUACGAAGCAGACAGCGCGUAAGUCGACGGGCGGGAAGGCGCCCCGCAAGCAGCUGGCCACCAAGGCGGCUCGCAAGAGCGCGCCGGCCACGGGCGGCGUGAAGAAGCCGCACCGCUACCGGCCCGGCACGGUGGCGCUGCGCGAGAUCCGGCGCUACCAGAAGUCGACGGAGCUGCUGAUCCGCAAGCUGCCCUUCCAGCGCCUGGUGCGCGAGAUCGCGCAGGACUUCAAGACCGACCUGCGCUUCCAGAGCUCGGCCGUCAUGGCGCUGCAGGAGGCCAGCGAGGCCUACCUGGUGGGGCUCUUCGAGGACACCAACCUCUGCGCCAUCCACGCCAAGCGUGUCACCAUCAUGCCCAAGGACAUCCAGCUGGCCCGACGCAUCCGCGGGGAGCGCGCCUGAGGCUCUUGCUGCCACCCUUCCCCCAGUUCUGGUAGACGCCGAGGGGGCCCACACAGACCCAAAGGCUCUUUUAAGAGCCACUACAUGAACAAUAAAAGGAGCUGUAACGCUGUUUUUAAUAUUUUGCUACAUUUCCUCUGUAUAAACUUUCAUACCAGGCUCUUAAAUUUCCUGCUCUGCAAUUCGCCGGGAUGUUUUGCAAAUACUGAAGGGCAGAAACGGGCACUUCAUGAACACUGGGCGGGGCAGGAGAUACAAAAUUGGAGGGGUGUGGCAAAUAUGUUAGUUUAAGGGCGGUGAGCAGAAAAGGUCAGGCAGAAGGGAGGUUUGUACAUCGCUGUGACUACGCCGGACUCGAAACAGCUUUGAGGGAGAAGGGAUGGGCGUGGGGGAGGUGGGCCGGGGCACGGCUCUAUCUGGGAUGGGCCUGGACUCAGGAACUCCGCGCCUUAAACUCUCCCGGCCGGCUGGGGCUAGGCAAGAGCAGAAAUUUCCCGCUGCUCACUGGGACCGUGUUACUGUUGAACCUAACUAAAGAGGUCUACAGGGGGCAGCCCCCUUUCUCCAAUGUUUGUUAAUGGCAGGAGCAAGAAUAUCUGUGUCAAAAUGAUGUAUGACCCCGCUGGUGAGACGUGGCGUGAGAAGCUUCUUUCUCACAGCACAGAGAUAUACCUAAAGAGGCCAAGAAACUGUGAUUGAAAUGUACUGUACGCAGGAAUAACUUGAUAAAGUUU